AUGCCGUGCAGCACGCGUCACCGUCGAAAGGCUACAGCUCACGGCAGCUGGCCUCCUCUGCUCACAGCCCCAGGCCGUUGUGCUGUUCUGUACAGGAAAUCGGCCGUUGCAGUAGAAGCUUUAGUUGUAAUUAGAGGAUCUGCUUUGAAAUACGACUCAGAUAAAUCUCUUAUUCACCGCACGGAAAUCACAUCGCCUUGA